AUGGUUCUUUCUUCUGAGGAAUACAACAGCACGCUCUACAUCAACGGUGCCUUUGUCCCUUCGAAAGGCUCGGACCGGCUGACUCUGACCAACCCUUGGGAUGAAUCUGUCGUCGCAGAAGACAUCCAUGUCGCCAACAGUGCGGAUGUCGACGCCGCGGUCGCUGCCUCGGUUACGGCAGUGAAGAAGGGACCGUGGAAAAGCUUCACAGGCGCCCAGCGUGCAGCAUGUAUGCUCAAAUUUGCCGACCUGGUGGAGCAAAAUAUCGACAAGCUUGCGCGUCUGGAGUCUCUGCCCACGGGCCGUCCGUUUUCCAUGAUCAAGCACUUUGACCUCCCUCACAUGGUCUCUGUGUAUCGCUACUAUGCAGGCUGGGCAGACAAAAUCCCUGGCAAAACAUUCCCCGAGGACAACGGCACGUAUAAGAUCGUUCGCUACGAGCCUGUGGGCGUGUGUGCGGGGAUCGCCUCCUGGAACGCCACCUUCCUCUAUGUCGGCUGGAAGAUAGCGCCGGCCCUGGCCGCGGGUUGCUCGUUCAUUUUCAAGGCAUCCGAGAAAUCACCGUUGGGGGUCCUUGGUCUUGCCCCUCUUUACAAAGAAGCAGGCUUUCCAGAUGGGGUGGUUCAAUUCUUGACCGGCGAGCGAGACACUGGCGCCCUACUAGCGUCGCACAUGGACAUCGCGAAGAUCAGCUUCACCGGCUCGAUCGGGGGCGGUAAGGCUGUACAACAAGCGGCAUUGAAGUCGAACAUGAAGCGCGUGACCCUCGAGCUGGGCGGCAAAUCGCCGGCCAUUGUUUUCAACGACGCGCCGAUCGAGGCUGCGGUCGGAGGCGUGGGACAAGGCUUCCUCGUCAAUUCCGGGCAGAUCUGCGUGGCGGCAUCCCGGGUCCUCGUCCAGGAGGACAUUGCGCCCAAGUUCGAAGCGGCUCUCAAGGAGCAGUUCGAGGCCGUUUCCGCCGGCAUGGGCCCCAACCCGCUGGAGCCCACGACAAUGCAUGGUCCAGUGGUCGACAAGGCCCAAUACGACCGCGUCAUGGGCUAUAUCGAUAUCGGCAAGGACGAUGCAAAGUUGCUCACGGGCGGGUCCCGCAAGGGCGACAAGGGAUGCCUGAUCGAGCCGACCAUCUUUGUCAAUCCCAAGUCGGGAAGUCGGAUUUGGGACGAAGAGAUCUUUGGACCGGUCAUGAGCAUCAAAACGUUCAAGACGGAAGAGGAGGCAAUUGAGUUGGCAAAUGAGUCGACGUACGGGUUGGCCUCGGCAAUCUACACCACCUCGCUCACCCGCGGCCUCCGCGUCGCCUCGGCGCUCGAGACCGGCGGCGUCUCCAUCAACAGCCCCUUUUUGCCCGAGGUCCAGUCCCCCUUCGGCGGCGUCAAGCAAUCCGGCAGCGGCCGUGAGCUGGGCGAAGAAGGCCUCAAGGCGUACCUAGAGCCCAAGCAGAUUAACAUCAAGUAA